UGAACGCGAAAUGUCUAAAUUACCCCUGCUGCUGCACACCUAUCCCGAUCCCCAUCCCAGCGCCAUCCAUCUGCCUCACGCUUCCACUCCAGUGGCCGCUCCUCUCCUCCCAGCGGCUUGCUCCGGCGACCGCCCCUCCUGUUGGCUGCCCGCCGCUGCAGAGCCUCCUGCGAGUGCCUCCUGCAGGGUCUGCUAGCGCCGCCGGCCAGCACUGCGCGGGGGCGUCGGGGCGGCCUGCGUGUGGGCGUGGGGGGCCUCGCUGCGCGCGCGACUGGGCGCGUGGAGGCCCCUCGCGGCGCGCGCGACUGAGGCGUGUGGAGGGCUGGAGGCCCCUCGCGGCGGGCGAGCCUGGGCCCGUGGAGGCCCCUCGCGGCACGCGUGAUCCGGCGAUUUCAGACAUAAUUGAUAGAAGAUGGAGACCCCUCGAUUCCUCAGUGACAUUUUCCCGCAGGAUCAAGCCGAUCUUUCUUGGAUUCCUAAUGGGAUGGAUGUCAAUUCGUCCUACAGACUUGCAAUGAAUAUGUUUAUGAUUCUGACGCACCACCACUUGCUCCUCCAAAGCCAAAGAGAAAGAGAGUCAAGAAAAAAGUCACUUACAACUGACUUGCACCCCCAAUUUGCUACACCACCUAGACCAAUCACUUCUAUACAAACAACCAGCCCUAUGACAAGAAGAUUGCUGGAAGUAGAACCAUUUACACCAACUAGAGCUAUUAGUUAUGUGCAAACUCCUAGCCCUGUGACAAGAAGUCGUAAGAGGGUGUUGGAACUUGAAGGAUAUAUAGAACCUGUUGCAUGUCUUGCUCUUUCUCCAGUUGCUGGCACGCCGAAGGGAAGGGUAAAGAAGUUGAAGGUAGUUAGGUCUAAGAUGAAUUAAUCUUUGUAGUGUGCUAUUCAGUUAUGACUAUGUAAUGGUAGAGUACUUGAUGGUCAAGCGUGGCUGGAGAAGGUUAUUUUGUGACCUGUUCUAUUCUGCUGUUAAAAUAUGCCAUAUGUGGCUAAAACAUGUAAGUUUAGUGACCUGUUUGGUGAAAUAUGGUGUGUUUGAAGGGGUAAGGGUAAGUCUGUCCAGAAAUUGUGUUUAUGACCUCUUUGGGCUAGAAAUGAUAUUAUAUGAGUUAUAAUGUCCUGUGGCAAA